UCUCGACCCUGCAAGUAAACAAACGAACUCAAUCCCCCCUCCUCGGUCCCGGUCGCCGCCAUCCAACAGCUUCCCCCUUCCCCCUUUACGAAGCGCACCAACGUCAACGACACCACCACACCACUGCACCGCCCGCCGACACCCUAUCGACUUCUUUCUUUUCCGUUACGAAGAACCGCCGCGAUGGCUUCCGAGACCAAGCCCGCCAAACCCACGAAGGCCGUCAAGGCCGACAAGCCCGUCAAGGCCGACAAGCCCGUCAAGACCGACAAGACCGACAAGUCGGACAAGUCGGACAAGUCCAAGGUGCACAAGCUCGCCCUCAAGGGCAGCGCGAAGCUCGUCGCCGAGUUCUUCCAAUACUCGAUACACACGAUCCUCUUCCAACGAGGCGUCUAUCCCGCAGAGGACUUCUCGGCCGUCAAGAAGUAUGGCCUCAACAUGCUAGUCUCCUCGGACGACCAGGUCCGAGCCUACAUCAAGAAGAUCAUGGGCCAGCUCGACCGCUGGAUGCUCCGCGGCAAGAUCUCCAAGCUCGUCAUCGUCAUCACCGACAAGGACACGGGCGAGCACGUCGAGCGCUGGCAAUUCGACGUCGAGAUCUUCGGCAAGGCGGCCAAGUCGUCCAAGUCGUCCAAAUCCGCCUCCAAGCCCUCCUCGUCCGCCGCCGCCGCCAGGCCGGACCAAGAAAACGACGCCGCCACGGAAGCCGACGCCGACGCCGCCCCCGAAAAGACGGAACAGGAGAUCCAGUCCGAGAUCGCCGCCAUCUUCCGCCAGAUCACCGCCUCCGUCACCUUCCUGCCCCAGCUCAGCGGCGACUGCACCUUCAACGUCCUCGUCUACGCCGACGCCGACUCCGAGGUGCCCGUCGAGUGGGGCGACAGCGACGCCAAGGAGAUCGCCAACGGCGAGCGCGUCCAGCUGCGCGGCUUCAGCACCAGCAACCACCGCGUCGACACCCUCGUCAGCUACCGCCUCGCCGAAUGAGGACCGGCCGCCGCGGUAUCGAUCAACGACAACAGUACGAGGACAAGGACAAUGUACGAUGCGAGUGGGACUUCAGUGGCGGGCGUCAGGGGUGAUACUGAGCCACCGCGUGAGCCCAAAUCGAGGCGAUACACGGGCAAUCUCAGGGCACUUGGCAAGUGGGCAAACCACUGGAGGGCAAGAAGAUGGCGUCGGGGCGUCUGGGCGUUAUGGUUUUCUUAAUCCGACUUGUUGCUGGCAAAAAGUGCGCCGCGGGCUAGAAUUGAACAGUCGGUCGUGUGCCAUGUGGAAAAGCACAUAGCAUCAUCAUCUAUAAUCUCACGGCUCAAAUGGCCUUCAUUUCCCCUUUUUCUACACCGACAUGCAAUAAUGCCUUAUUGUCUUCUACAUAGCACCGCCUUGUCGCCCGCC